AUGUUCACGCAUACUACAGAUAUCAAAUGGACCGCUGCAUCUCUUCGAAAAGUGCUGGAAAAUUAUGUUGUGAGAAAUGUAAGCAAUUUCUUAUUCAGAUCAUCCCAAGAUUCAUUCAAUUUCAGCGCAUCAAACCAAAUAGCUUGCAAGCGAUUGGUGAUGUGGAAAACGAUGAAACUUUCUGCUCCAAUGACGCCAAAUAUCGACUUCAGACAAUAAUAAUGGAUAAAUCGAAUGGCGAUCUCGAUAUUUAUGGUGGGAGUAAAGAAUUGAUGAAAGAUUUGCAAACUUUGCAAUAUUUUCCGAAUAACUCGGAUUUUUUGGGUAUAACAGAUCCAAAAUGUGAGGAUUGUUAUAGUUUCUCAACGACCAUUAAUUUCUUCCAUGAUAAAUCUGGCCGUGAACAUGUCUCGAAGAACGAUUUAUCAAUGAUGGUUGUGAAUGUUCUCGGAUCAUUUUACAAUCAUAAAACGAGGGACAAACUCUUCUAUGCACUUCUCAUACCUUCACUGGGAAAGCAAAUGAGAAAACAACUUGUUGGAAGCUACGAACUCAUCUCGAUCGAUUUAUUCAAUCGAGUUCAGGCAGAAGUUUUCACAAUUAUGACUGCUCAACAAAAACCUUCAACAAAUAAGGAUUUUAAACCAAUAAAACACACCGUUGAUGAGAUUUUUUCGAUUUUUGCCCGGUUUUUCGAAGGAGAAAAUGAUAAAAAUGUGAUGGAUCUUCUCAAAACGACUAUCGUAAACUGCAACAGAAAUACAAAAAUAUCAGAAGAUUUGAAAUUCUACGAAUCGAUCUUCACCCAAUAUUCUCUGUUAUCUGACACAGUUUCGAAGAUUUCGAAAAAGUUUUCCAAUAGCUUUUCAUAAAUUCAACGAUGAUGUACAAAGAGAUAAUGUUAUUCGUGUUUUCAAAGACAACGGAACAUCAUUUUGUUUUGCUAAAGAUGUCGAAAUUGAGUUCAGAAUUCAAGAUUUGAAUGUGGAAACUGAAGAGGAGCGGAAGAACGGUAUUUUGAGAACAAUUGAUUUUUCAAAGUUGCAAGACAUGUUGAAAGAGUCAAAGAUUAAAUUGGAUGAGAAAAUGGUGAGUUUCCUUCGAAAUAUAUGUUUUCUAUAUAUUUAUAUUCAAUUUUCUAGAUUAUCGAACAGGAUAUCAUCCGAACUUCACGAAAUAUAUCAGUUCCUAUCAUCACAUUUUACGGAACACAUUGUAAAUUGGCGUCUGAUGCGUUUUUCGAAGUUUUCAAUCAUGUUUUACACGGUCUGCGAUUAUUCCAAGGUGUCAAUAAAUCAAAUAUUCCAAAGAUAUACAAUUGGUUUUCCCAAUUAUAUGAUGUUUUUGACUCGGAAAGCAAACGAUAUUUCAUCGAAACUUGGAAAAUUGAGGAAAUUGUUGAACGAGCUUAUAAAGAUCUUGAAAAAUUUGUCACAGAGGUGAGGGUUUUCUGAAAAUCUCAGUUAAAAUUCAAAGUGUUAUUGUUUUGCAGAAAAUUUAUGAAUGUCCACGAGAACCGAAAUUAUAUAUGACAGAUAUAAGUGAAGAAGAAGUUAUCAAAGAAGUUGAAAAGUUAUCGAAAAACUUCGAAUUGAACUCAAAAUUCAUCAAAUCUCGAUAUUAUUUCUAUAGAAGAAGUGUGAAUUUGGAAGUUCCAAGAAAAUAUAUUUACAAAAUUUUCGAGGAUUGCGUUGUUCUACGAUUUUUAAAUGAAAAUCCAAAGUAUCAUCGAUUUAUUCAUAAUCAAGGACUUUGUGCGAAUAUUGAAUUGUUUGAAUGUGAUUGUCAGAAAUCUUUAAAGGAAGGUGAAUUAGAAAAAAGGAGCAAAGUGGAAAUCUUGAAAUGCGCGCAUUUGGAAACAGUUUAUUUUGAUUGUAAUCGACGAAAUAAGAAAUGCUUAGUUGCUAUAAGAAACAAGAAAUUCUAUGACAAUACCACGGCGUAUGAAUUGGCUAUGGAAAAAUGUGUUGAAUUUGAAAAUACAUACGAUCUUCGGUUAACUGAAUUAUUGUUCGAAUCCUUGAAACAGAAGCUUGGUGGUGAUUUUCGAGAAAAACGUGGUAUUUUUUAUGUGCGUGAAGAUGAAUUGAAAGAAUUAUGCGAUGAAACACGAAAAUCUUUCACAGGUUUGUAUUUUUUGAAAAUUAGAUUAUGACGUGGCAAUUAAUAACUAUUGUUUUUUAGAAGGCUGUCGAGUUGCUUAUCAAAAUAUUGACAACAAAAAUACUAGAAUUGUUACAUGGAAUGAAGUUUAUAAUCGACUGAAAGUGUUUUUCCUCGUCGAUGGCUUUAUCAAACCAUCUUUCAAAAAACUCAAAGAUCAAUUGAAAAAACAUGAAAAUGCCAAAGAUUUGGGUCUUCCGGAGAAAGAUGUUUGCCGAAUUCAAGCACUUUAUCGACAAAUUUUUCAAAAUCAUCAAAGACUUUUCAAAGUCACUCAAAAUUUGACGAAUUUUAGUAUUUAUGAGAGAAAAGACCGGGGGAAUAUUUUGAGAAUUAUGUGCGAAAGGAGAGUUGAUUAUACCGAAUGGCAUUUGUUGGAUGAAGAAGUUUUGGAUGCGAUUAAAUUUGUUCUGAAAUCGGAGAAAAGAUAUCAUCUUUAUAGAGGUAGAUUAAUAUUUAGAAAAAAUGGAAUCCACAUGUUAUAUGUAUUUCAGACAAAAUCGAGCAAUGGGAAAUUGAUUUGUAUCGAGGAAAACAUCAAAAUUGUGUUGGUGUCAAAUUAUUUGAUACCAUUCUCAAUGUUUUGCAAAUUGAUAAACGAAAGUUCUUGUUGGUCCCAGAUAUUCAAGUUAUUCAACAUUUGAUUUUGAUGCCUUUGCAAAUGGCUUAUCAUUCAAUUCAGAUCGAUACACCGAUGGGAGAUACGAGUCUUCAUUAUAUUCAGGUUUGUGAGUUGAGAAAAUUGGUGCCAACUAGUUUUUCGAUCAGAAACGAAACUGAGAAGGAAUUUUGAGUCCGUGAAUGCUAAAAAUGCCAAAAAUAAGAGAUUUUUCAAGUUGCCACGUCAUAGUUCACAUUUUUUCUAGGCUCAAUAUUAUGUUUUUCAACGAAUUGUCUGUGACAUAAAUUGGAUGCAUUUGGAAGAAGAAGAUGUUAUAGAAUAUCGAAAGAAGAUUCUGGAAACCAUGAAAAGAUAUAAGCGAGGAUAUUAUAGUGAAAGUAGUGUUUGUUCUGAUGUGAGAAAUCUUACUGAAAAUAAGAUUUAUGAGAUGGCAAAAAAGGUGGGGAAUUGUUAGUCAGUCAGAAAAUUUGAAUUUGAUUAUUUUUAGAACAAUGACCGAACUUCGAUUGCUUAUUGUCAGCGGAAAAAAUUCGAUGCUCUUCUCUCGAAAGAUGAAUUUUCGGAGAUUCUGUUCAAGGCUUUUGGAAAUACGCCUGAAGUCGUUACUGGGUGCCAAAAUUUUUUGAAAUCUUUGGGAUUUGACACACAAUCGGUGGUUUUUGAAAUCGAAAAUUGGAAAGCGAAAUAUAUAUUUAUGAGACAUUGGAUGAAUGUGUUUUUCGGAGACGAUGAACAGGAGGUAUUUUUCGCUGAUUUUUAUAAAUAUAUUUGUGUUCCUCCAGAUUCAUUCAAAUAUUCUCAAAGCUUUCACCGCAACAAUGCCAAAUAUUAAAAUUCAAAGGUUGGAAGGUUUUAAAAAUUGGGCGAAAAGUGGAAGUAUGUUUCCGGAUGAUGGAUUUAUUGAUUUCAGUCCAGUGGAUACGGUUUAUAAACUUUAUAGGAAAAGUGAAGAAAAGAAUCGAGAUUUUGAUAAAAAUGGUGAGCAAGUUUUAGGUUUCGGAGGGAUUCAAGGAAUCGGGCCAGGUCCGCAAAAAUUUAUCACACCUGAAUUUCAGGAUGUGUGAACCACCAAACCCGAAAUUCUAUAUUUUUCUAGAUCUUCUGGAAAUGCAUGAAUGGGAUAAAAAGGCUCGCAAGAGUAAUGAUUUUGAAGAAUAUGCACUUUUUUCGGAUAAAGAAGAGGAAGAUAGUGAAUCCAAAGAUUCUGGUGACAACGUAGAUCAGCCGGAAAAUGAGUCGUGUCCCCAAGUUGUUAUGAAUGAUGAUUUGAAAGUUAUCAAAGAGAACAAUAAGAAAAUUGAGAAUUGUAAUCGUUGUUAUGAUUUUAGAGAAGAGUUUGAACAAGUCAAAAAGAAAGUUGAAGAGUUGUAUAAAAAGACGCAGAUGAAAGAUAAGGAUGUGAAAGAUUUGGAAAAGUAGGUUUUGUUGAGUACGGGGUUUUUUGUUGAAUUUCAGUUGUUUUGCAGAAAUCUGGAACGAUUGAAUAGGGACAAGGAAUAUGAAUUGAAAAAUUUGCGGAAGAACUUUUUGGAACAAAAUCGAAAGUUGGAAAAAAGAAAAUGAGCAAUUGAAGAAGGAUUUGGAAACGAAGGAAAAACGCAUUCAACAACUUCAUCAACAAUUCAAAACGUGAGUUUUUUCUAGAGAAAUUUUAGUGAUUUCAGAAAAUUUACAGUUUUUAUACUGAAAAUGCUGAAAUUAAAAUUUUCAUACUUAUUGAAAAAAUUUCAAUUCUCAGCCAGAAAUUUCUUUCAAAUUCACUGAUAUGAAACUCCUAACAAAACGUCAUUUUUAGUGUUUUUUGUCAUUUAUAAAAUAAUUUUCAGAGAAAGUUGGUUUUGUUGGUAGCAGGGGUUUUUUCUUAUUAGGUUAUUUUUCAGAAAUCUGGAACAGUUGA